UUCAAGAGGUUCUCUUCCCUCAACUGUCUCUCUCUCUCUCUCGUGAAAGAAGAAAUAUAACCCAAAAAAAAACAAAAGAAAGAAAAUGUCAGGGUGCAGCAAAAUCCGGUACAUUGUGAGACUCCGCCAAAUGCUACGGCGGUGGAGGAAGAAGGCAUCAAUGACUGCCAAGCGCUUACCGUCGGAUAUACCUGCUGGACAUGUGGCAGUCACUGUAGGGACCGAUUGUAAAAGAUUUGUGGUCCGGGCGACGUACUUGAACCAUCCAUUGUUUAAGAAACUAUUGCUUCAGGCGGAGGAAGAAUAUGGGUUUACGAACUCAGGGCCACUGGCCAUCCCCUGUGACGAGUCCCUGUUCGAAGAGGUUCUCCGCUACCUGUCCCUCUCUGAGUCGACUCACAGCAACUCAGCCCGAUUCAUGAAUUUGGAGGAGUUCCAAAGAUAUUGCCACGUAGGCAUCCGGAGCAACCUUGAGUUUCUAGCCGAGUCACGCCCCCUCCUCAACGGGAUUGCCGAUAAGUCCGUUUGGUGAGAGGGGGGGGGGGGAUUGAUGAAUGAAGGUGGGCGAAGCUGAUUCUUUUACCCGGAUUUUUCUUCUUAAAAGGAUGUUUUAAUAAUUCUUGAUUUUUCGGAAAUUGAUUCCGGGAGGGUCCUGAAUUACCCAGUCUACUGACUACUGAGUCGCGGUGGUACUGAGUCUGAGUCUACUCCGGAGAAUGUGACGGAGAUGGCAAGUAGGUGGGCAAGUAGCCGCCGAGUCGUCCCGGGUUCCAACCGGAUGAGAACCAGCCAACAACAGAGGAAAGACGCCGUGUUCAAAUUUUAACCUGCAGACCACCCCGCCUAAUAAAAUUUGCAAAAUGCGGACGAGGAAAGCGAAGAGCAAGUUUGCGAUUAUGAGGGGAAUUAUUAUUAUUUUUUUAAAAAAGGACCUAAGGAAUAAUGAUAAAGUCACUACUGUUUUGUACAUCAUUAAUGUGAUUUUUUUUUUAUUUUUUACUUUCACUCAUUAAUGGUUGGAAAUUGUAGAGAAAUUCAAGCAUGCUUGUCCAUGUUAUUAUAUUAUAUUGAUCACUAAUAUUAUGGAUAGUAAGUUGUUCAUGGCAU